AUGUACUAUCGCAAUCUGGUGCUGGCAAUGUACAGCACACCUGCCACAUUCGACACCCUCAAUCCCCGAAUCAAGGUGUGGAGCACCAACGUUUCCCGGUCCAGCCCGACAGAUACAUCACGAGCAAAGUCCACUGUUACCUCCACUAGUCGCAAGAGUGCUCUCACGACUUCAUCCUCCGCCACCUCUCUCUCAAGUUCUACCAGCGCCCACCAGUCAAAGCCUGUUACCAAACCCGCUCCAACCGCCUCCAUAGCUGAAAUAUCCCAAGAACCCCCGCACUCACUCCGCGAUGAGGACGAUGAAGCUGGCAUUCAGUGUGAGGCUGCAGCUAUGCGGAGCCACAAUGGGCGGACCUUUCAGGCGUCGGUAGGAAUCAUACGAACCUCUAGUCCAUCAAGUACCGAGCCUGGGCUGCCUUUCACGCAGAGGCCUCAACACCCCCGCUCUAUCGGUACUUCCCAGCCCGCUACAUCUUCCAAGAAGAGGCCUCUGCCGUCAUCAUUUGAUGAGCCCUCCGAAAAUGAGGUCUCCGGAGCAGAGGAUCUCGAAUCCUACGAGCCGCCUUUUGGCGACAGCGAGGAUGACGAGCCCGGCAGUGACGAAGAAGCCGAAGUUGAUCACAACCGCGACGACGGCACCAAACGCAAUUGUGAUGAAGAUGCCGAACGUGAUCGCAAUGAGAACGCUGAACACGAUUGCGACGAGGGCGCGAAACAAGAUGCCGAACUCGAUUGUAACGAGGACGCCGGAUGCGAUUGUGACAGGGACGCUGAACGCGAUCGCGAUGAAAGCACCGAACUCAAUCGCGACGAGAGCGCUGAACUCGACCACAACGAGGAUGGCGACCAAGAAGAACAAGACGUCGAGAUGGUCGACAACGCCGCCGUGUCCGAGGAAGUGACCGAUACAGCAGCAUACGAAGCCGCCGCUGGUGCUGAGGGAGAUCAGCUUAUGGACAGCAUGGGCGCUGACGACGCGCCUGCAUCACACGAGGGUGUCAAGGGCGUGGAUGACAAUGAGCAGGAGGUGGAGAUAGUUGCUCACUUUGGUCCCUCGCGUCGUGUUGGGCGUACUACAGCGUCUACAGCUGCAAAGGCUUCAAACCCCAUCGCGCACCGCGCCAAACGCGUCAAGCCAACACAUUCAUCCAACAACCCUCCUGCAAACCGCAAGAAGGCGAGCGGCAAGCCCAAGGUUACGGACCUGCCACGUGAAUGCCAGGAGUCGAGGGCGUUCGGCACGCGUCUAAUGCCUACGCUUGCCCUGUGGAUGGGCUGCUCGUCAAAACCAUGGAACCCUCUCGACGAAGAGAUUGAAGAGGCAUGCGCAAACAUCUACCGGGUGGUGUUUGACCGUGAGUUUUCGGACCUGUCUCUUUCUGAGCAGUCGGCUGUCCUGAGUAUUGCUUGCGAGCGGUUAUGUAUAUGGCGCAACAACUUCAGCUCCACUGCUGUUGCUGCCCUUCUCGUGCUGUUGGGCAGCCGUGGCCUUUCCUCAGAUGCAGAACGUGUUGCAUUCGCCAAGCGGCUUCUUGUCCAAACUGCCUUUAUGUAUGAGAAGAUUGAGAACGGUAAACCCACCAACCUCUUCGAAGGCUCGUAUUUUGUCAUUGUCCUCUCAUCCCAUUACGCGUUCAUCAAGGGGCAUGUCGACGUGCCCGAGUUCCAGGACCUCAUCGAACCCGAUUACCUCCCUUUUGCGGCCUACUCGCUCGCAGCAGCAGCCUGCGUUCGCGCGAUUCAGGCGACCGUUGAUGGGAAGAUGGCCAACGUCGAGAAGACGAUCACACUCAUUGUCAAUGCCGGAUGUACCCCGGAGAGUGGGUGGGGCGGUGUCAAGCGGGCAAAGGGAGUCAUUAGCCAGGCCAAUCGCAAGCCAAGGUCGGCGAGGAAGGGUAGAGGCAAGAAGACCACAGCGGCGGCAUCAGACGUGUCUGCCGAAUCCGACUCUGUGACCAGCUCGGCCCCCUCUUUUUCCGAAGCAAACUCCGGGGCUGUCACAGCCGGAUUCUACGCAUCCGUCAUGCGAUGUGCCGAGUCUGAAGACGCGUGGCGCCUCAAGAACAGCUGGGAAGCUGCUGCCGCGCAGGUAAACACUUCCGAAGAGGACGAGGAAGAGAGCGACGAUGACAGCACCGACAAGGUCAAUCUCGGCCCGAACGCUACCAGGCAGGGACGUCGGGGCUGGUAG